AUAGAGUGGGGAUAGAUAGAUAGAUUGAGUGUGUGAGAGAGAGGAGGGGGAGGCUGGAUGGGAGGAGAGAGUUACUGGAUAAAAGAGAGAGAGAGAGAGAGAAGCAAGCAGGAGGAAGUUAAAGAGAAUAAAAAGAGGGCAUAGCUGUAGACAGAGAUGCAGGAUGACUGCUCUCUCAGCCACCGGCUCGACUGCAACUGCAAGUUGACACGAUAUUCAGGGAGUGGCAGCAGCGUGUCAAAGGGGACCUGAAGGAGGACAGUCUACUGUUCCUCUGGCUGCUUGCUCGCGACUCUGCCCCUUUGUGAUGGCAGUAUGCCAGUCAUGAACAGGUCAGGCUUGUUGGGUAAGGUAGGUUUGAGGAGGCUGUUGUCAUCAGAUGAAGUGUGGACUUUAGGAAGGAAGAGGAACCAAGUGGAAUUCGUCCCAGUCGAGCAGGAUAUUCUGCAAGUCACAGAAUCAAAUAAUCCUCCAGCCAGUCCCUCUCACAGAUACAGCCGACAGAACCAGGCUUCUCUUCACCUUAUCAGUUCAGAGAGAAUCAGCAAGACUGAAUGUGGAAGCACUUCAUGUCAGCGUGACUCUGUGAAGGCUUUGAAAUCAGGACCUGAAGUUAAUGAACAAGACACUCAGAACAAGGUACAAGGGCUUUAUGAGGACACCUGCACACUCAAGAGAGAAAGACCACACCAUCCAGCUGAACUGCCAAUGAAGCCAGUAUUACAUAUCCAGCAUUUCACACUCAACCGUGAGCCUCAUUCAGAUUCACUCCCAAUAAAAGAUGAUCUCCGACUGGACUCUAAGAAGAGACCUCUUAAAAUCAAGGAGCAAGAAGACAUAAAGAUGACAAACGUGGUCCAUGGCAGUUCAACACCAGAUACCACAUCUCUAAAUAUACAGAACAAUCAGAGACUGCACAGUGUGCUGACGCUCAACAACAACCACAAUAUCUGUGACCGAGAUGUCAGCGGGCAAUGGAGGUCAUCUCUUUCAUACUCCAAAACUGAUAAAACCAAUGAGUUUCCUGAACAAAAAUCUCAGGCGUGUAUAAAUGAGACCGUCACAGACAAUCCACUUAUUGAAAACUUAAUUCUGGAAGCAGUAAGUGUGGAAAUAAGAAAGGCUGAGGACAGUCCGUCUUGUGAUGUCAGUCUGUCUGAGAUAGAUGAGAAGUCAGAGGCAAUUUCAUUUCAUAGUGACGCACUAGCAUGGUCUGAAGAAGAAAGGGAAUGUCUUGAUGAGGAGAAGAUUGAAGCAGCUCAAGCAAAUAGUUGCUCUUUAAUUUUUGCUGAAAAGUACACUGGGGUACCAGAUGAUUUGAACAAUAAACAGGAAGGACGCUGUACACUGCCACGUUAUGAAAGACAAGCAACUGCAGAGUCGACCCUGUCAGAAAUUCUCUCACCUGUAGAUGAGGUUUUGUCUUAUGGAAGUGCAGAACUCCCUCCAUCCGUUAAAGGAGGAGUCACAUUAGGUCUUGACAGCUAUGGUUGCCCUCCUCCUCCUCCUGCCUUUGAGAUUAUUACAUGGACCAGUGAGGAGGAGCUUCAAGCUCCACCUGAUUCUGUAGAAGAUCUCUCAAUUAACAGCGAGAACCUCCCUCCUCUCCCUGUGGACUUCUCCCUGAGAAGAAAAGAGUCUCAGAGUCUAGACUCUAACAGUGUGAGGGAAAAGGAGGUAAACGAUGAUACUAAUGGAGCUCUGUGUGAGGAUCCAGAGGAAAGCGACUGCUCAGAAUACACUUUCUCACUUCCUGAAGAUGCAAGAAAUGAAAUCUCGGAUCCAUUGUCCUUCUUUCAAAUUGGAGACAGAGUUCUUGUUUGUAACUCCAGACCAGGUGUGCUGAAAUAUAAAGGCCUCACAGCGUUUGCGAAUGGUUUUUGGGCUGGUGUUGCAUUGGAUGCCCCUAUUGGAAACCACAAUGGCACUUUUAGAGGUGUGAAGUACUUCAGCUGCGAAAAAAGCCAUGGUGUCCUGGUCAGAGCUGAGGACAUCACUCACAUACACAGAGAGCAUAGAAGUGAUGUAGAGACUGGGGUGGAUGAAGAUCUCUUCUCAGAUGAGGAGCAGCCUAGGGCAAGGAGAGAUAAACAACAGAAGGUCACAUUGUCAGCAGAUGGACAAAGAGGACAUUUACAUAGUCAGUGUCCUCCUAGAGAUGAGACCAUACUUACAAACGCCACACCUCAGGAAGAUAUGUCAGAUGGAGCAAGAAACCUUUCACAUGCCUUUGAAAUGUCCUCACCAAGAACCGACUUUGAGCUCCAUCAUAAUGAGCUCCAUCAAAACAGGCAUCAUGAGGAUGCUAAGCUGACAGAAGAGCUGGAUAAAGAUGGAGUUCACUGUGCUCAGGAUAAUAGAAAGAGACAAAGGAUUAAAGCAUUGCGUGACAACCACUCUACAGAUACUGAAGUCAGAAAAGGUGAUGAUGGUCAUUUAAUGCCAUGUGUCUUGGAUCAGUGGCAUCAGGCCCAACCCGACACGCCACCAAAGAUAAAAGUGCCACCCCAUGAAGACGGCAUUGUGUACAGAUUAGUGGACACUGCAGUGGAGAUUCUGUGUGGCCAAACAAAUGAAGACACUCUUGACCUUUAUGAAACACCAAGCUAUUUAUUAGACGAUGAUAGUCGCAAACGUUAUCGGCAGGUGAUCUUUCAGUUAACAUCUGAUGUACUUCAUGAGAUUUGGGGUGAUCUGUUAAGGACAAAACAACCUGCCCAGAAUAUAGAUGAUCAAUCUGUGAUCUCAGCUCUGCAAUCCAGUCAAAUUUCAAUCACAUUUUUAAAGGCUGCCGUGAGAAAAGAGAUACAGAAAAUUCUGAAUUUAGAGCGAAAUGAGCAACAGAUGACAGAGUUGCUCCAAAAACUGUGCAAAUACUGGUACGCCAAGAGAGACAGAGUGGACUUUAUACUGAUUCAGGAACUUCAUAAUGAGGAGAGAACUUGGCUUGACUACAGUGCUGACCAGUACACUGUGAAAAUGCAUCUGACCGAGGAGAUUUUCAGUCUUCUUUUGGAUGACACAAUAUUAGCCCUAAAUCAUAUGCACUUCUCAACCUAAAAGACAAAUCAGAAUCUUGUCGUUUUCAUACAUGCAUCUCUGAUAUGUUCUUUGAUAUGUUGUUGUUUUCUUUUGGGGGGGAAUCUUACAAAUCCUGUCAAGAGCAUGUCCAAGUCAUAUUUCACAAAUUAUAUUUUGCCUGAAAAACGUAAACCCACGUAACGUUUUAGGACCAUUUAGAGCAGUUUUGUUGCAUUAUGAAAUGCUUAUGACAACUAAACACAAUUUUCACAUAAUUUCCACUUUUGCAUUUACUGUUAAGAAAAAAAAAAUAUUCUCAUUACUGAAAUUCCUGAUAUUAUUCUUUAGAAAUGAUAUUAUUUAAAUUUUAAAGUAUUUAUAUGUCAUAUUAGUAUUGUUUGUACUGCUAAUAUCUGCUGAUUUAAAUCAAAAGUAAUGUAUCACAGUCAUUUUUUUUUUACUCUAAUGAAUUAAAAUAGGCUACUUUAUUACAGUAAUGAGAAUAUAAUUCAAAUCAUCAUGGAGAAUAAUGGGAAUUAAAAAAAAACUCAAAACUACAUGUACUGAUUUAUUACAUUAUUGAAAAUGUGAACAAAUAGGCCUACAUCAAAAUACAAACAAACAAAAGUAAAUUAAUUUAUUCAUUUUCUGUAAACAAUAUAUUCCUUUUGAUUGUGGGAUGACGUUACAUGGAUUUUAUUGUGAGAUUUAUUCUCUGUAUUCAAUAAUUAAUCAUAUAAAUCAUUAUUUUAAUAAUUUUGUAAAAAUCAGUUGUGUUUCUGUACAUUAAACUACACUACAAACAAGAUGAAAUGUAUUUCAUUCUUAGCAAACUUGUUGUGUUUGUUUGUUUGUU